CACCUUUGCCACUGUCAACAAAAAUACACCAAUCACACAUCAAAUGGCAGUCCCAUAGUUUUUAUUAAAAUCCGGUACGCCUCACAACUAAAUUGUUAUGGCCAGACCAAUGCGAAUCGCCCUGGAUUUAGCCCUAAAUGUAUGCGAAUCCGCAAAACCAUGUGUCUCCCAAGCAUGGCAAUACGCCAAAGUAGAAAUGGUACCACCAAUGACACAAGGUUUUUUUCGAGGAAUCGGCGGAAAAACUAUAGAACAUUUUGCAGCUGCUGUCGGUAAUGCUAUGAUUUCGUUUCUGCGAUCAUCAGUAACUGCUAUUGACGCUGCUGCCGCUCAAAGGAAGAAAGCUUUAGAAGAGGCACUUAAGGCCAAGCAAGAAAAAGCUGCCGCUGAAGCUAAACUAGCGGCAGAAGAAAAGGCCAAAGCUUUAGCUGCUGAAAAAGCAAAACAAGCUGAAGCAGCAAAAGCUCAUGCAGUAAAAGCAAAACCUGCUGAAGAAAAAACCAAGCCUAAAUCAGCUGAACCUGCAAAAACUGAUUCUAAAGCAGCAUCCGCAGCUAAAGCUGCUCCAAAACCAGACCCAAAAAAACCUGAGGCCAAAAACCCUGAGGCUAAAAAGCCUGAAGCCAAAAAACCUGAGGCUAAGAAGCCAGAUCCACCGAAGGAUAAGAAACUUUUAAAACGUUUAAAAAUAAAUAAAUCCGUCACCGUUGCAAUAGGUAUGUCUGCACACGCGAAAUCAAUAGUCGGAUCAUUUCGAAACCGCAUGCAAAUCGUUUAUGAACUAGCAGAAGUCUACAAGGGUGAAGCCUUAAGAAACAGAAAAUUAAGCCAACUUAUGGAGGUUAUUAAAGAGAAGGCGGAGCGAGCGGCGAAGUCAGAGCUGGCAGCAAAGAUGCGGGUUGCCAAAGGAUAUUACACGUUAGAAAUGGCACCCCCGGCAUCUAAAGGUGAACUGAAGAAACUCAAAGAGGAGAUCAAUAUGGCUAGAGAGUUUAUAAGUUCUAAAGGACACAAAGACCUCACUGUAAAGCAAGCUUGGCUUUUGCUUCUCGUCGGAAUCGAAGUUGGAUUGUGGUUCUUCUUGGGCGAAACUAUUGGCAAGUUCCACAUCGUUGGUUAUAAAGUGUGCCCUUAACUCAGUAAGGUACUGAGUUGACUAUUUUCUUCAAAAUUCAGUCCAGAAGCUA